CAGAGCCGCCGCCAAACCCCGGGAAAUGGCGGCCUCCCGCUUCCUGACGCUCCUCCGCCGCCGCCGCUCCAUCCCCAACCCAUCCCUCCUCCACCGCCGCCUCCCCUUCUCCUCCUCUCCCCCGCCCCCCUCACCGGAGAGCCCCUCGGCCCCCUCCUCCUCGAAGCCCCCCUCCCUCUCGGCCCGCCUCUCCUUCGUCUUCGACCAGCUCGACGCGCUCGACCGCAACCGCUCCUCCGACCUCUCCGCCCGCGACGCCGCCCUGCGCCGCAUCCAGUCCUGGCGCCGCCCGGCCCCGCCCCCGCCCGACGCGCCCCCGCCCCCGCCCAGACCGGAGCCGGGCGGCCAGCCAGAGAAGCAUGUCGAGGCGGCCGCGGCGACGGUCGGACAGGAGGCGGCGGCGGAGGGGCUGGAGACCAUGAGCGUCGCGGAGGUGCUGCGGAGGGAGGUGGAGCUGGUCCACCCCUGGCCCGAGUGGAUCGAGCUCAUGGAGCGGCUCGCGCAGCAGAGGUACUUCGACCUCGGGGGAGGGUCGGGUGGCGCCGACCAGGAGUCCCGCCUUGCCGCGGCGGUGCCCAUGGAUCUCUCGGAGGUCGCCGAGGAGUCCGGCUUCGAUUUCUCCAGAGACUGGACCACUGUCAAGAACGCCUGCAUGAACUUCGGCCGCGACCGGUUCGACAUCCUCAAGCCGUUGCCUAGGAAGGAUCUUCAAGUAUUGGUUGGCCAUGGGUGCCCCAGCAUGGAUCCAAAAGUUGUGUUUUCUGCAAAGCUGAUAAGGAAACUGGUCCACCUUGACGAGGGUGAUGUGUGCAGUUCAUGUAAUUUGCGAAAUUCAUGCUCAAGAGGCUAUAUCCUUACACGUAAAGAAGAUGAAGCUCGGACUCUUGAUGUUAUGCGUAUUUUAUUGGUCUAUGGUUUUGAUCAUAUAAAGGGGACUGUGGAGAACAAACCACUUCUCAAACAGAAAUCCGUGAAGACCGUCGUUCGGAAAUUAAUACACGAGAUUGCCAAGCUGAGUGCUGUUCCUAUUGACCCCAAUCUUCCACCCCCUGUAAUCAGGAAGUUGCCACCUAAGGUGAAGCAACCGCCUCCACCACCAAAGAGACGAGUUGGACGUGAUGACGUAGAGAUGAAGAAAGGAGACUGGCUCUGCCCAAAGUGUGACUUCAUGAACUUUGCAAAAAAUACAAUUUGCUUGCAGUGUGAUGCUAAGCGUCCCAAAAGGCAACUUCUACCUGGAGAGUGGGAGUGUCCUCGGUGCAAUUUUUUGAACUACAGACGGAACAUGUCAUGUUUCCAUUGUGAACAUAACCGUCCUCCAGAUGAAUACACCAACAGCCAAAUGGAAGAAUAUCAAUCUGCACCGCGGAAACGGUUGGAAAGACCAGCUCGCAAGCCUGACGUCUCUAAUGCGUGGAACUUUGACUUCGAUGAUAAUGAAUCAGAUGGUGCUGAUGUUGCAGCAUUUGAGUUUGCUGAUUCAUCCAAAAUCAGGGAGAGCUCAUCUGUGGACAACUCAUAUAGAGAUAAUACAAAGGGUUCUGAGGCCGAGAAAUUCUUUGGAAUGGAUGAACCAAGGAGCGAGGGAAGAGAGAGAAAGUUCAGUGGAAGAGACAACUUGAACUCAUCUAGAGUUGGUUUUGAUGAUUUUGAUGACGAAGAGGACGAUAUUGACAGUUAUGAGCUUGAUUUGUCAAAAGGUGGUCAGACAGGUGGUGUGUCGAGGGUGAGUUAUUCUGACCUUGAGAAUGCUUCUUCUGAUUCAGAAGACUUGAACGAAUUUGCUCACAGUAGAAAUUCCAAUUAUGGGGCAAAGGAUGAAGCAACAGGUUCAGCUGAUGAUGAUGAAUUUGAUGAUCAACCCUCCCUAAGAUCUAGUCAUAUUGCUGAUUCUUGGCAGAAAACCAGAGGUUGGAGCGGUUCGAACAACCGCAGAAACGCAUCUUUUGGCUCAGAGAGUAAUGAUGGGGUUAUUUCUGAUUUUGAUGAGGAUGUUGACAACGGUUUUAGAUCUAAACAAAGGCGUAAACAGGGAGGCCGUGAAACAGUUCCUGAUAUGGACUCUGACAUGGAUGAUGAGUUACAAUCAGAUGAUAGGAGGAACAGGUCCUCCACAAAUUUCAGAGGAAACUUCCUUGCCAGAAGCUCUAACUUAAAUAGCAGAAGCGCUAGUGGGGACCGUUAUGGUAGGACAAGAGGCAACGAACAGUUCAGGAGUGUUGAUGUGCAUGAUGGUGGGUCGCCCUUUGAUAGGAAUCGCAGAGGAAGGGGUAAUCAGCAAGAUCAUGGCUCAAGAGGUUCACAAAGAAAUGCAGGAAGAAAUUGGGAUAAUAGUAGUGAGUUUGAUCGCAGAGGGAGGGGUAAUCAGCAAGAUCAUGGCUCAAGAGGUUCGCAAAGAAAUGAAAGGAGAAGCUGGGAUAGAAGUAGUGAGUUUGAUGGCAGUGACAGGCCCCUCAGGCGUUCUAAUAGAAGGUAAGAAUAUGGCAAUGCAAGUGGCAGCAUAAGCAUCGAAAGUGUGGACAGUGUGCCCAAAAUUCUUGGAUUCAGAACUGGAUUGAUGGCACUGGAUCCUGAGACCCUGUCGAUAAGGGAUGUUUUAGGAAGUGUUAAUAUUUCCAAGAUUUUUUCCAAGGCUCCAAGCUAGCCAACAGGUGGAGUGUUACAUCAUGGAAUUUGGUAUGUUCAGAUUUUGUGAAAGAACUUUUUCCUUUUUUCUUCACCAUUUGCUGCCUCAUAAUCUUCUCAAGGAAGGGCCUAGAAUGCAGCGAGAGAACAUGCCUCCAUGCAUGUAUGUUUAAUAUUUGUUGUAUCAGUUUCUUCAUCUUAAACAUUAUAUAUUCAAAGAUAAGUUAGUAAUGGA